AUGGUCACUGAGAGACUCCAUCUCCGCCGCAACAUCAGGAUGGCCCAGUUGGGAGCCGUGCUGAGCGUACUUGUGGCACUGGGAGGAGCCGCUCUCUUGGCCUCUGUGCACAAAAUUGACGAGGGCCACACAGGCGUUUACUACAGAGGGGGCGCGCUACUGACUGCCACCAGUGGCCCGGGCUUCCACUUGAUGAUGCCGUUCAUCACCACCUACAAGUCUGUGCAAACCACGAUACAGACGGAUGAGGUGAAGAAUGUGCCAUGUGGGACCAGUGGUGGGGUGAUGAUUUACUUUGAUCGUAUAGAAGUAGUCAACUACCUGAUCCCGGGAGCAGUUUUUGACAUUGUGAGAAACUUCACGGCUGACUACGACAAAGCUCUGAUCUUCAACAAAGUGCACCACGAGCUGAACCAGUUCUGCAGCGUGCAUUCUCUACAGGAGGUCUACAUCGGCCUGUUUGAUCAGAUCGACGAGAACCUCAAGAAAACGCUGCAGGAGGAUUUGACCAGCAUGGCUCCUGGACUCAUCAUACAGGCCGUCCGGGUCACCAAGCCAAACAUCCCAGAAAGCAUCCGCAGAAACUACGAGCUUAUACGUCGAAAUCAUGUUUCCGACGCAGAUCUGGAAACUGCAGUGAUCUCUUCAAUUCAUCAGACAGGCCCGUCAUAUGGACGAAAGUUUAUGACUGGAUAUUUGACGUCCAUUGGAGUACGUGCUGGUGAACGCCGAGUGGGGAGAGUAUUGAGAGAGGUGCACCAGCCUUACCACAAUUUGCGACAACGUGGUGCUCGGAACUUGAAUCCCAUCCCCUACCAUGCAGAAUACAUGGGACACAAGAUUCACCUGGACCAGAAUGAAAAGUUGGUGAUGUUUGGUGUCACCCAUGUUGUGGCAGUGGAUGGCUACAGCUCAAAAAUUGUUGCAUAUGCCACAAUGCCUGUUAAAAAUAACCUCACUAUUUAUGAAGAAGUGUACAGACCUGCAGUGGCGACACAUGGUAUGUGGGAUCAAGUGCGUGUGGACCAUGGGAAGGAGUUUUACCUAUGCCUGUAUAUGCAGGAAAUCCUUUCCAAAUACCGCUUCAAUGUUAGUCGGCAGCCCUAUGCCCAGACUACGUCAACCAAGAAUCUUAGGGUAGAGCGAAUUUGGCCGGAGCCAGAUUGGCUUACAGCGAGUUGUAAAUGCAUGGAAUGCACACAGGAUUCCAGGACGAGGAGUACCUAA